AUGUCAAGUCCGGCGGAAAAUGAGAAGAACCUGGAGACAUUGUUCCCCAGUUCAGAACAUAUUCAAGAAACAUCCAAUUCACCACCUCCUUCCGCUCUGGACAGGGAAGCGCGUAUACGGUAUGAGCGUGACCGAGCAACUUUUGGCACCAAGUUCUUCGAGUACUUUGGAUGGAUGGGCGACUUGCCCGAAUGGAAGAUCGGUGGGGAGAAGCUCAAGGGUAGAGCCCUGAACUGGUCCAUAGGGUUCAUCGCUAGCUGCGGGUUCCUCAUGUUCGGCUAUGAUCAGGGUGUACUGAGUGCCCUGCUCACGCUUGAUUCCUUUCAGGAGGUGCUUCCACUCAUGACCCCUCGCGAUAAAUCAAAUGAUCUUUGUUGGCUCGAUAAUCCGACCAACACCAUUCCCCAUCCUACGUACUGCACAGGUGAUGCAAAUACCCAGGCAGCAGGAGUCGCGAUAUACCAGAUCGGAUGCUGGUUGGGUUCACUCGUAAUUCUAUCGUACGGUGAACGCUGGGGACGAAAGUCGAGUACAUUCUGGGGUUCACUUAUUAUGAUUAUUGGGACGGUUAUGCAAGCAGCCUGCUUCGACUACGGCUUGUUCGUGGCAGGUCGUGUUGUUGGAGGUAUUGGCAACGGCAUGGUAACAUCAACAAUUCCAACAUGGCAGUCCGAAUGUGCUCGGCCGCACGAGCGCGGUGUCCUGAUCAUGCUCUCGGGUGCUCUUAUAUCUGCCGGUGUUAUGAUCGCAUACUGGGUUGAUUACGGGUUUUACUUCCUGACUGGUUCUGUCCGCUGGAGGUUCCCACUGAUGUUCCAAUCAUUCUUUACUAUCAUUGUCAUGAUCGGUUUACUUUAUCUUCCUGAUUCCCCAAGAUGGCUUACCAUGCAGGGACGCCAUGCUGAGGCUCGCGAUGUCACUGCUCGGCUUGUUGGUAAGCUAGAAGACGAUCCAGCGGUCGAAGAAGAGUUACGCAACAUCAACGAAGCGUUGGAGGUCCAGAGCCGCGGCGGUAGCUUCAAGUACCGUGAGCUGCUCACCAACGGACCGUCGCAAAACCUCCGUCGUUCUACUUUAGCCAUGGUCUCACAAUUCUUCCAACAAAUGACGGGGAUCAAUCUCGUGACAUAUUACGCAACCAUGAUAUUUGAAAAUUCACUCGGAUUCGGACCAGGAAUGGCACGUCUUCUGGCCGCCUGUAAUGGAACAGAAUAUUUCAUGGCGUCACUCAUAGCACUGCCACUCAUUGAACGAACUGGCCGGCGGAACCUGAUGAUAAUCGGUGCCUUUGGAAUGAUGGUCUCGAUGGCUAUUCUAGCUGGCACUGUAUCCACGGGCGAAAUGUUAGAAAAUGGAGCACCCAAGCUCGAGACACAAUAUGGCGUCACAGCGACUGUGUUCUUAUUCGUUUUCAAUUCGUUUUUCGCCAUUGGCUGGCUGGGAAUGACCUGGCUAUAUCCAGCUGAGAUCACAAACCUUCGCAUUCGCAUUCAAGCCAACGCCCUGUCCACCAGUUCCAACUGGAUGUCCAACUUCCUUAUUGUCAUGAUCACGCCACCUGCUUUUGCGAACUUGGGGUACCAGACGUACAUAAUUUUCGCGGUCUUCAAUGCUGCACUUAUUCCCUGCGUUUAUUUCUUCUUCCCUGAGACCAAGGGCCGCACACUGGAAGAACUGGACGUGGUCUUCGCUAGUGCUGAUGCUCAGGGCAUCUCACCAGUGAAGCAGAGCUUGCAGAUGCCAAAAUUGGCCGGUGACAGCCUGGACCGAGAGUUGGCGCGGUACUUUGGUACAAGCAGUGAUGAGGAGACUUCGAGGGAGAAGUAG